CAAGUUCCAGAACGAGUCAUUACAGUGGUUCCGAGUUCACUCAGCGUUUGCUCUGGAAUCCUGCUCCUGAUCGCUGGAAGAAGCUGGAAGUCUAAGGGAGCCGGAGAUGUCGUUCGACUGUGUUUACUCACCGGACGCUGUGACUUUGGUGCUUCUUUGCGCCGUCGUCGUGUUGUUUCUCGCUUAUUUACGCAACGGGGCUAAAACUCACGUAGAGCUCAACUUCCCCCCGGGACCCACUCCUCUUCCGAUCAUCGGGAACCUGCACCUCCUUGAUCUGAAGAAGCCCCACCAAAGUCUCAUGGAGUUGUCUGAGAAAUAUGGUACAAUCUUCACCAUCAAGCUUGGACUGAUGCGAGUUGUGGUUCUGACUGGCUACGAGACAGUGAAGGAUGCUCUUAUCAACCAUUCAGCUCAGUUUGCAGGAAGACCUCACAUCCCAAUAUUUGAUGAUUUAAUGCAGGGUUUUGGUGUCGCUUUGAGUAACGGCGAAUCCUGGAGGCAAAUGCGAAGGUUCUCCAUAUCCACUCUACGGAACUUUGGGAUGGGCAAGAAAACUAUUGAAGAUAAAAUCAUCGAAGAAGCCCAUUUCCUGAUAAAAAUGUUUGAAUCCCAUAAAGGCCAAGAAUUUAAUCCAACCUUUCAGAUAAAUGCUGCUGUGGGCAAUAUCAUCAAUUCUAUAGUUUUUGGUCAUAGAUUUGAUUAUGAUGACCAAACAUUCAUCUUUUUGAUAAAGAAACUGGAUGAAAAUAGUCAGCUUGUUGGUUCUCCAAUGAUUCAGCUUUACAAUGCUCUUCCCAUUCUGGGAUUUCUACCCGGUACACACAAGAAAAUGUGGAAAAAUCAAACAUUGAUUUUGCAGUUUCUCAAAGAAUUCAUAAGCAAAGACUACCAGACACCGGAUGCAAAUGAUCCAACGAGCUUUAUUGAUGUGUUCAUGUUAAAGCAGCAGCAGGAAUCAGGUAACCCAAAUACAUAUUUCCAUGAAAACAACUUGGUAUUCACAGUACUCGACCUGUUUGGUGCUGGGAUGGAGACAACUUCAACUACGCUUCGUUGGGCUAUGCUAUUGAUGAUGAAAUAUCCACAGAUUCAGGAAAAAGUCCACGAUGAAAUCAGCACCAUGAUUGGUUCUGAACAGUUCCCCAGAACUGAAGAUCGGAAAAAAUUGCCGUACACCAAUGCAGUGAUCCACGAAAUCCAGAGGUUUGCUAACAUUGUGCCAUUGAACCUCAUGCAUUCAACAACAGAGGACGUGAACUUCAAAGGAUAUUUCCUUCCAAAGGGCACACCAGUGGUCCCUUUGCUAACAUCGGUGCUGUAUGACAAAACUCAAUGGGAAGCCCCAAAUAACUUCAACCCUUCCAACUUUCUGGAUGCUGAUGGGAAGUUUGUGAAGAGAGAUGCAUUUGCUCCUUUUUCUAUGGGACGCAGGGCCUGUGCGGGGGAGACCCUGGCCAGAAUGGAGCUUUUCCUGUUCUUUACCAUCCUGAUACAAAGGUUCAGGUUUCAAGUCCCACCGAACGUUACCAAUCUGGAGCUUACAUCUCGUGUGGGCUUCAUCUCAGUCCCAAAAUACCAAAAUGUGUGUGCAGUCCGUCGCUGAUGCAAACACAUCAUUUCACGACUUGUCUUGUUUUAUCUCCUUUUCAUUAUUUUUGUAACCCUCCUAUCAGAGCUCAUAUACAAACUUAGCUCAUUAGCAAACUCUGCUAAUAGCCAUGUGACUCGGUAAUGAAAAGACCACCUUUCAUAAGCAACACACAUUUUAGGGUUGGUAUGAUUUCAGGUUCAACCAAACAGGAUUCAGAUUCAGAUUCAGUUUGUUGUCAUUUAGAAACCACAAAUGCAAUGCAGUUAAAAAAUGAGACAACGUUCCUCCAGAAUGAUAUCACAAAAGCAUAUGACAAAACAGACUACACCAGAAAAUCCACAUAACGUUUGGCAAUCCCCAAUCCAGAGUCCAGAGAGGCUACUGCGUAUUAAUAUCACGCUACCAUCUUAGUGCGUUUCCCGGAAAGGAGCUCCAAAGCCACCAGACAAAACAAGACCAAAAACUAAAGCUACAAGACCUGCACAAAACCACAUAGUUACAACAUAUUGUUACAACAGUGCAAACAAUAGCAUAAUUGAUAAAAAAAACAGACCAUGUGCACAGUAAAAAUAGUCUAAAGAUGUUAAAGGACUAUAAGUUCAAAAGAAAUCAUCACACAGUUUCCACGUCCCCAGGGUCCCGACAGACUCACCAUCCCACACCGGCGGCAGAAGGGAAUACCCCCUUUUGUAUGGAUAUUCAUAAUUAAGGGACAUAGGUUGUCGUGAAUGCUGUGUAAAAUACUGCUCAGACACAAUUUUUCAUAGCCAAGAAAUGACAGAUCAUGCACUGCAUAAAAUUAGAAAGUAAGUAUAUUUAGCACAUUGUCAACAUUAACAAAUAGUUACUGAAAAAAGUAAAAGAAAAAUAAAAGGGGUGCAUUCCAGUUAAACCAGUCCAA